AUGGAGUCAAAUAAGUCCCUUCCCGGCCCUUCCGUCGGAGCGACAUCCAGGUUCGCCUCUCGUCGCUCAGGCUCAACGCCGCUUCAGCGGGACAAUCCUUCUGAAAUCCCUGGAGGCGAUAUAUACCGUGGCGCACUCCCCCAACUCCCAGAAGCGAUGGUACGCGUCCGUUCGCCUAACGCAGCCUCGAGCGGGCAUUCGUCCUCUUCAUCCGCGUCCACCGGAUUAGUGGCAAGAGCAAUCGCUGCCGUUGUGGAGCUUGCAAUCUCUCGUUGGGCCCGACCAUCUGCCUCCACAUCUAGCUCAUCCUCUACCACUUCUUCUACACUCUCAACCACCCACGCGAAGGCCUCCUAG